UGGGAAUCCUCCUGGUGGAGGAGGGCCGGGGACCAAGUCCCGGGCUACAGCGGUCCCCCGACCCCCAGCCCCCGCUGGGGCACUCCGAGAGAGCACCGGCCGAGGCACUGGCAUGAAAUACAGGAAGGCCUAGGAUGCACGGAUCUCCAGGCUGCGCACCCCCUCGCAUGGAGUGUCCUUGGGUUGGUGUCCUGGGAAGAGGGAGAAAGGAAACGGCUUCUUACUCUGGUCUGCUCAGGGAACCUGACCCAGAUACUGCCUCUACCUGCCCAAGGGCUGGGUCUCCUGUGACCCUUCUUGGAGGGGAGGGAAGUGGGGCCCUGAGAAGGAUGGACCACCUCUCUCAACCCCAUGCUGAGGGACAGGGGCCUAAUGGGGAAGGUGUGCUGAAAUAUAACUGGCUUUAUCUCAGAACCCUCCUGCUCUCAAAAUUCAAAUAAGGGGGUGGUGGAGGGGAGAGGGGAGAGGGAGUGCUCACACUCUGGGAGUGAGCAGAGGUCAGUGAUCUGACCUGGCUUUGUCACCUGAGGAAUUUGAUUUCCAUGUGGCAGCCCUGAUUGGGAGACUGAGCAGACUACUGGGUGGGAGGCAGUUUUCUGGUUCAGAGGCAGAUUUCAUAAGCCAACGGUGCAGAGAGAGCAAAAAGGAGAAGAGAGGGAACUGGCCUUUCCUGAAAUACUCCCCACCCAGGUGUCCUACCUGUCUGGGUUGAGAGCCCGCUUGCCUAGUGUAUCCAAGGACUCUUGCCUGCCUGAGUGCCUGAACUUGACUUGCUUUAUCCCUUGCACCCUAGUGUCUGCCCUUUAGCAUAGCACUCUGUCUGCGGGUGUGUUUUUUUACAAACUCAUCACUAUCAGCCAGUCACACUCCCCUCAGCUCCCAGCUCCACACAGCGCAGAGAUGACUUAAACACAGACAAGACCCCACCAGAAUAAGCACGGCACAGGCAGCACUCCUGCAAUGUGACAGCCGGGACCAGAGAACAGUCAUAUAUUUGUUCACUUGUGCUAUGAGCAUAUAGCACUGCACAACUCGGUAGGCCCACUGGGUCUAGUUUCUUUGGACUGAGGUACCCUGAGGGCUUCUCAUUCUGGAAGGAAAGGAACUGGAGGCAGAUAAUCUAUGUCCCUAGCAGAGGCUCCACCCCUUCCUGCUGUUUCUAUAUCCCGCAGGAACCUAGGAAAGUCUGGUCUUCGGGUAUCCUGUCUUGGCCUAGGUACCUGGGUCACAUUUGGUUCUCAAAUCUCAGAUGAGACAGCAGAGGCUGUGCUGACAGUAGCCUAUGAGCAUGGUGUAAAUCUGUUUGACACCGCCGAGGUGUAUGCAGCAGGAAAAGCUGAAAGAACCCUAGGCAACAUCCUCAAGAGCAAAGGCUGGAGGAGGUCAAGCUAUGUCAUCACCACCAAGAUUUUUUGGGGAGGACAGGCAGAAACUGAGCGAGGCUUGAGCCGCAAACACAUCAUUGAGGGCUUGCAAGGAUCCCUGGAACGUCUUCAGCUGGGAUAUGUGGACAUCGUCUUUGCCAAUCGCUCAGACCCCAACAGCCCCAUGGAGGAGAUUGUGAGAGCCAUGACCUACAUCAUCAACCAGGGCCUGGCCCUAUACUGGGGGACAUCCCGAUGGGGGGCUGCAGAAAUCAUGGAGGCCUACUCCAUGGCCAGACAGUUCAAUCUGAUUCCUCCAGUGUGUGAACAAGCUGAGCACCAUCUGUUUCAGAGAGAGAAGGUUGAAAUGCAGCUGCCAGAGCUCUACCACAAGAUUGGUGUUGGCUCUGUUACCUGGUCCCCUCUCACUAGCCUUAUCACUACCAAGUAUGAAGAGCGAGUCCCAGAUACCUGCAGGGCCACCAUCAAGGGCUACCAGUGGCUCAAGUACAAAGUGCAGAGUGAAGAGGGCAAGAAGCAACAAGCCAAAGUCAUGGACCUUCUCCCCAUUGCUCACCAGCUGGGCUGCACUGUGGCACAGCUUGCUAUUGCGUGGUGUCUCCGCAGUGAGGGUGUCAGCUCGGUCUUGCUGGGGGUGUUGAGUGCAGAGCAGCUGAUAGAACACCUGGGAGCCUUACAGGUGCUGGGCCAGCUGACCCCGCAGACGGUGAUGGAGAUAGAUGGACUCCUGGGGAACAAACCGCAUUCCAAGAAAUAGUCCGUCGUGGGGGCAGGCACCCAAAGCCGGAUAUGCUGCACCCGCCGAGAGCCGCUUCCCUCAGCCGCCUCCAACCCUCUCCGGAUCCCUCCACGCAGCGGUCAGAGCAGGGGUGGCCCCGCCCGCCAACGAGUCCCGGCUUUCAGUAGCGAUACGCAUGAACAAAGCCAUAUCCUUCCGCAGUGGGGCUUGAGAGGGAAAGUAGUGCCCCGCCCUUGCUGCGUUCUCUCAGGCCUUGCUAAUCUGGGCAUGAGCUACUGGGCCAUCUCCUCUCUGCCACUUGGUCUCGCUCCCUUCUCUCUUCCCCAAAUCGUCGAGGCCCAAGGGAGGAAAAAAAACAACACGGCAGAUACAGGAAACAUGCAAAGUACCUCAAAAGUUUCCCUUGAAAUGUGAUCAAGGGGUAAUCUAAAAAGUUGUCAUGUCAUCUGGGACAAAGGAAAUAAAGCUCUUACGUAAUUCGGUACAAAGGAGGCCAGGUUGGUCCUGGCAGGAAGUAAAUGAUAAUCUUGGGGAAACCAGGACCCUGCCUCCCAGUCAGGAGGUGAAGUGCGUAAAGUCACAACUAGUGUGAAUACUUGGUUCUUGUCGAGAGGGCUAUCAUGGGGAACACAGUGACGGCACUGACGCAGGUAGAAGGAAAUUUGAGGGCAGAUGUGUAGAGUGUCCUGGCAAAAGCUGAGCUGUGCUUCACAGGAAAUAGUGACAGUCUUUAGGUCAGGGCAGAGACAUGGCGCUGACAUAAAAAGAUCUGGGGAUAGACUUUUGAGUCUUGGACAGGACUUCAUACCUGACAGUAUUCCUCCUAGCAGUAGUCUUAAAGCAAUAAUGAUGGCCCCUGUUCUGUAAGACUUCCCAGGGAACUGUAAAUAAAAUUUCAGCUUGAUCUCACUCACGGCUGUGUGACAUGGCAGGGAUUUGGGAGGUGGGGAUCUCAGUCUCGGCUCUCUGGCCCUCUAACUGCCUGCCAUUAGGAAGCUCCAGGACUAGCUUUCUCUCAAUUACUCUUUUAACUCAGCGACCCCGCAUUGUGCUACUAUGACUGCUCUCAUCAAGGACCCUAAUACUGCAUAUCCCAGGCCCCAGUUUAUGUCCUUCUUUUAGUUGCCACAUUCCUUAGAAGCCAAACAUCUGGCUUCGUAGUUUUGUUGCCCCUCUGAUGCUCUUGCCCUUGUUUCAAGUUUGUUUUGUUUUUAAAGUUUUAUUAGCCACA